AUGAACGAAUCGCUGGUGGUGAACGACUCCUUAGUGAGCCCUGUGGCUGGAGAAGCUCUCCCGUGGAUGGAGGCUGAUUCUCUGGAGCACAACGGCAGCCUGGAGUUCUCCACCGCCCCAUUAGAUUACCCCAUCAACCCCUGGGACAUUAUGCUGUGCAUGUCAGGAACUGUCAUCGCCUGUGAAAACGCCAUAGUGGUAGCAAUCAUCUUCUACACGCCGACACUAAGGACGCCCAUGUUCGUCCUGAUCGGGAGCCUGGCCACAGCAGACCUGCUGGCCGGCAUGGGAUUAAUCCUCAACUUUGUGUUUCAGUAUGUGAUCUCCUCUGAGACUAUCAGCCUUAUCACUGUAGGCUUCCUGGUGGCCUCCUUCACUGCGUCCAUCAGCAGCCUUUUGGCCAUAACAGUGGACCGUUAUUUCUCUCUCUACAACGCCCUGACAUACUUCUCAGAAAAGACACUGCAGUACGUACACCUGAUGUUACUGGGGACCUGGGGGGUGUCUCUGUUUUUGGGCUUGCUCCCUGUGCUCGGCUGGAACUGCCUGGACGAUCCGACCACCUGCAGCAUCGUUCGCCCUCUGACCAGGAGCAACGUCACGCUUCUGGCCGUCUCCUUCUUUGUCAUCUUCGUGCUCAUGCUGACCCUCUACUUCAAGAUUUGCAAGAUCGUGUGCCACCACGCCCACCAAAUCGCCCUCCAGCAGCACUUUUUUGCCACGUCGCAUUACGUCGCUACCAAGAAGGGGGUGUCCACUCUGGCCAUCAUCUUGGGGACAUUUGGUGCCAGCUGGCUUCCCUUCGCCAUCUACUGCCUGGUAGGCGAGAGGGAGUAUCCAUCAGUGUACACUUAUGCCACGCUGCUGCCAGCCACCUACAACUCCAUGAUCAACCCCAUCAUCUACGCCUACAGAAACACAGAGAUCCAGCGCUCCCUCUACGUGCUUCUCUGUGGCUGCUUUCAGUCCAACAAGGCCUACCGUUCCAGAUCACCAAGUGAGGUCUAA